AUUAACCACCUCCCGUCCGGCUGUUGUAUAUAAAUGGCCGGACGGUGGCAGUGCAGGGUUGGGUGGUCGUUUAUAAAUGGCCUCACCGCACUCUGCUUGGCGCGCUCCCUGGUGCCGCUGUGUCCUCCGGACACAGUGGAACACCGAUUGUCGGACGGGACCUCUGUGCGAGGUCCCGAUCAUGUGAUCACUGAUUGGCCAAUCAGUGAUCACAUGCAGAAGUAGUAAGCAAGAUGUCACUUCUGAAAUCAUUGCUUACUACGUGUGAAAUCUGUGAAUGAUCACAGAGGUCACAUGGCACAAGGCUAUUCACAAGAGCCUUGUACCAUGUGACAAGCUGUGACCAAUCACAGCUCAC